AUGGCCGCCGCGGCGGGGGACGUGUGCGGCGCCGUGCCGGGGGGCCGCGGCGGGGCCGGGGCUGCGGCGGAGGCGCGGUUCAUCAGCAGCGCCAAGGGGAAAGGCUUGUUCGCCACCAAGAACAUCCGCAAAGGGGAAACCGUCUUCGUGGAGAGGCCGGUGGUGUCGUCCCAGUUCCUCUGGAACGCCCUGUACAACUACCGAGCCUGCGAUCACUGCCUACGGGCUUUGGAGACGGCGGAGGAAAACGCCCAGCGGCUGCUGGGGAAGAGCUCGCUGGUGCUGCCUCACCCGGAGCAGUGCAGCAUCCGGAAAGACCUGCACCAGCAGUGUCCCCGGUGCCAGGUGACGUACUGCAGCGCUGAAUGCAGGCAGGCCGCUUUGGAGCAGUACCACCAGGUCCUCUGCCUUGGCCCGUCCCGUGAUGACCCCACGCACCCCCUCAACAAGCUGCAGGAGGCAUGGAGAAACAUGCAUUACCCACCAGAGACUUCCAGCAUUAUGUUGAUGGCUCGGAUGGUUGCCACCAUCAAACAGGCUAAAGACAAGGAGUGGUGGAUCAAGGCCUUCUCCCAGUUCUGCAGUAAGACAGCAAACGAAGAAGAGGAGAUUGUGCACAAGCUGCUGGGGGACAAAUUUCAGGGCCAGCUGGAGCUGCUGCGGUUGCUCUUCACUGAAGCCCUUUACGACGAACAUCUCAGCAGGUGGUUCACUCCAGAAGGCUUUCGAUCCCUCUUUGCCCUCGUUGGGACCAAUGGCCAAGGCAUAGGAACAAGCUCUCUGAGCCAGUGGGUGCACGCUUGCGAUGCGCUGGAUCUCCCCAUGCUGCAGCGAGAGGAGCUGGACGCCUUCAUCGAUCAGCUCUAUAAGGACAUCGAGAAGGAGUCAGGAGAGUUCCUCAACUGCGAGGGAUCGGGUCUCUACGUGCUCCAGAGCUGCUGUAACCACAGCUGCAUCCCCAAUGCCGAGACAUCCUUCCCGGAAAACAACUUCCUCCUGCAUCUGACAGCUCUGGAGGACAUCGAAGCAGGAGAGGAAAUCUGCAUCAGUUAUUUAGACUGUUGUCAGAGGGAGCGGAGCAGACACAGCCGCAACAAGAUACUCAGGGAGAACUACUUGUUUACCUGCUCGUGUCCCAAGUGCCUAGCGCAAGCUGACGAUGCUGAUGUGACGUCGGACGAAGAGGAGGAGGGUGAAGGGGAGACGGAUGAUGCCGAGCUGGAGGAUGAGAUGACUGACGUUUGAUCUUGGCCCCGGGCGAGAGGAGAGGGAAGGGACAGGGGGGUUCCUCCGAAAGGCAGCAGCUUUAAUACUAGAAACAGGGUUGUGUUGUGGGGUCGGGUGGGAGGCCACGUGCCGGUGGCGGGUGCGGAGUUCUGGCGGAGUGGAGCAGCGGGGGAGCCGGAGGCAGGCCCUGCUCCCGCCUGUCCUUGUUGUGCGCUGUGCGUGUGUGUGUGUGCGUGUGUGUCAGGUCCUCCCCGUCCUCCCUGUGAGGACAGGCUGUGAGCUGGUGGCCCCCUGCCACGUCCCGGUCCCCGGAGGGGCCAACUGGUGCUUGCCGGGGAGGCUGGAGGAGAGCAGGUUCUGGCCAGCCCCUGGGCUGGGGUAGGGGACAUCAUGGUGGUCGCCUUGUGGCCACCUCUGAGGCUGCUCUGCGUGCCUGUGCCGGCCGUGGGUGCGGAGGAGCAUGUCCUUUCCUACCCUGCAGGGACGAGGGGAACGUGUGUGUGUGUGCGUACGUGUGUUUGUGCACGAGGGGUACUAUUUAAUGUCUAUAGUAGCACUAUCUACACACUAAGGAGCUGGGGUCCUUAUAUAUACUCCAUUCCCCGCCUUGGCUCAGCGAGCAGCAAGGGGCAAAAUGAUUUUGCAGGUGGGACAGAGUCACCUUACGGGUGGCUCUGAUGCCCGAGUCCAGCUGGGAAAGUGGGGCCAACCCUGGCAGGCACCUCCCUACCACUUUGGCCCCAUCCUUUACAUGAUGCAAAGCCCCGUGCAGUGAUGGCCAAGCUGUUCGGGGAGGGGGAACGGCCAGGCUGCUGCUAGCCCAGAGCCGACAUGGGCUACGGUGUUGCGUAUGCAAAGUCACUGUCCAAAACCCAAAAGACACUUCGGGUUUUGCAGAGAGCGAGCCAUCCCGCCAGGCCAUCCAGCUGCGGGCUGCUUUGUGAGGAGGAUGCGCUCGAGCGGGAGCCACUGUGCCCAGGGACGCAGCAUGGUGCUUGUGUGCUUCCCUGCACCGAGUGGCCCCACGUGGAGACGUCGCCAGCAGCUGAGCGUUGUCAUCCAUCCCAUGCUGCCAGCCACCGAUGAGGCCACACCGCUGUGUGCAGCGUCCAUCUGUGGACCACGUGGCCAGAAGGAGAAGGUAGCUCCAAGCAACAGACAGGCAGCAGGUUGGGGAUGUGCCUGGGGGUAUUUUCCUCCCCUCUUGGAUUUUGGGGAGCUGUUUUCCUGCCGCCCCUUCCUUCAGGCCCGUGGCAGCUGGAUUGUGGCACCUCUGACACUACCAUCACCCCCAGCCCUGCACCUCGCUGCUUGUCCCCAGCUGUCCCGGGGCCGUGUCCCCUUCAGUGUUCAUAAUAAA